AUGGCGGCGGCCCCACGCGCGUGCAGGGGACACGGGCGGCCGCUCCCGGUACUGCUGCUGCUGCUGCUGUUGGCGCUGCCGCCUUUGGGGGGCCCGCCGGGCGCCGCCGCCUACUUCCCCGAGGAGCGCUGGAGCCCCGAGUCGCCGCUGCAGGCGCCGCGAGUGCUGAUCGCACUGCUGGCACGCAACGCGGCCCACGCGCUGCCUGCCACCCUGGGCGCCCUCGAGCGGCUGCGGCAUCCGCGGGAGCGCACGGCGCUGUGGGUGGCCACAGACCACAAUGCAGACAACACGUCAGCGGUGCUUCGGGAGUGGCUGGUGGCUGUGAAGGGUUUGUACCACUCUGUGGAGUGGCGGCCGUCGGAGGAGCCCAGGUCCUACCCAGAUGAGGAGGGCCCCAAACACUGGUCUGACUCACGCUACGAGCAUGUCAUGAAGUUGCGCCAGGCGGCUCUAAAAUCAGCCCGGGAUAUGUGGGCUGAUUACAUCCUGUUUGUGGACGCCGACAACCUGAUCCUCAGCCCGGACACGCUGACCCUGCUCAUCGCAGAGAACAAGACGGUGGUGGCCCCCAUGCUGGAUUCCCGGGCUGCGUACUCCAACUUCUGGUGCGGGAUGACAUCCCAGGGCUACUACAAGCGCACGCCUGCCUACAUCCCCAUCCGCAAGCGGGACCGCCGGGGCUGCUUUGCCGUCCCCAUGGUGCACUCGACCUUCCUGAUCGACCUGCGGAAGGCGGCAUCCAGGAACUUGGCCUUCUACCCUCCGCACCCUGACUACACCUGGUCCUUUGAUGACAUCAUUGUUUUUGCCUUCUCCUGCAAGCAGGCAGAGGUCCAGAUGUACGUCUGCAACAAGGAAGUGUACGGCUUUCUGCCGGUGCCACUGCGGUCACACAGCACCCUCCAGGAUGAGGCCGAGAGCUUCAUGCACGUGCAGCUGGAGGUCAUGGUGAAGCACCCACCCUCAGAGCCCUCGCAGUUCAUCUCAGUGCCCACCAAGACGCCAGACAAGAUGGGCUUUGACGAGGUCUUCAUGAUCAACCUGAAGCGGCGGCAGGACCGGCGGGAACGCAUGCUGCGGGCCCUGGAAGAGCAGGAAAUAGCCUGCCGGCUGGUGGAGGCUGUGGACGGCAAAGCCAUGAACACCAGCCAGGUGGAGGCUCUGGGCAUCCAGAUGCUGCCCGGCUACCGGGACCCCUACCAUGGGCGGCCCCUCACCAAGGGCGAACUGGGCUGCUUCCUCAGCCACUAUAACAUCUGGAAGGAGGUUGUGGACCGCGGGCUGCAGAAAUCACUCGUGUUUGAGGAUGACCUACGCUUCGAGAUCUUCUUCAAGAGGCGACUGAUGAACCUUAUGCGGGAUGUGGAGCGGGAGGGUCUGGACUGGGACCUCAUCUACGUGGGCCGGAAGCGGAUGCAGGUGGAGCACCCCGAGAAGGCUGUGCCCCGCGUGAGGAACCUGGUGGAGGCCGACUACUCGUACUGGACCCUGGCCUACGUGAUCUCCCUGCAAGGCGCCCGCAAGCUGCUGGCUGCCCGGCCGCUCUCCAAAAUGCUGCCCGUGGACGAGUUCUUGCCAGUCAUGUUCGACAAGCACCCAGUGUCUGAGUACAAGGCCCACUUCUCCCCGCGGGACCUGCGCGCCUUCUCCGUGGAGCCCCUGCUCAUCUACCCCACGCACUACACAGGGGACGACGGGUAUGUGAGCGACACGGAGACCUCAGUCGUGUGGAACAACGAGCGCGUCAAGACCGACUGGGACCGCGCCAAGUCCCAGAAGAUGCGAGAGCAGCAGGCCCUGAGCCGCGAGGCCAAGAACUCCGACGUGCUCCAGUCCCCGCUGGACAGUGCCGCCCGGGAUGAGCUCUGA